UCUCGGUCGGUCGCGUCCCCAUCGGUCGCUUCGACAAAACACCGCGCGUUUGUUCCCGUCUGCAACUCUUAUAACCACUGAGACGAUGCUACCUGUGACCAAGCCCGGGAGCCCGCAGCCCGAUGGCAGCGGCAUGGAGAAGCCCCCGAUUGCCGGCAUCCCACGAGUGGCGCCCACCACCAAGUUCAACGCGCCUGUCCACAUCGAUGUCGGAGGCACCAUCUACACAUCUUCCCUGGAAACUCUUACUGCUUACCCCGACUCCCGCCUCGGCAAGAUGUUCAACGGCACCAUUCCGAUAGUCCUGGACACGCUGAAGCAGCACUACUUCAUCGACCGCGAUGGGGACAUGUUCCGACACAUCCUGAACUUCCUCCGCAACAAGAAGCUGCUCCUCCCGGCUGACUUCCCACACCUGGACUUGCUUCUCCAUGAAGCGCACUUCUUUGAGCUAGACCACAUGGUGUUUGCUUUAACUAAGCUGAAGUCUGAACGCGAAGGUGUGAAGCAAGACCGGGACUGGCUGAAUCAGGCCACAGAGAGGCUGAAGCAGGAGACUGAGCUGCUCAUGCAGGAGAGAGACCGGUUGCAGCAGCGGUGGUCGUGAAUAGAGGAGGACCAAUGCAGAAGGGAAGCUGCUUCAAAAAGGCGCAGAGUGUAAUAGCUUAUUCUAAGUAUGUCCUCACAUGAAUCGAGAUCAAGUUUAGGCCAGUUGUGUUUCAAUUAAGAAUUAUAACUUUGUGUCCAUGGAUUUUGUACAUUUUCGAUCUAUUUAUGUAAUGUCAUUAGACUUCAUGUAGGUACGAGUUUAUGUUAAAUAUUUGGUGCACAGCCUGUGAGGACGGCGUGACUUGUUUCAAAAUUAUAAGUAAGUAGACGUAAGUAACAAUUUGUGAAAUGAUAGUAACUUUGCGUCGUAAGCUCUGUGCUAUCGAGCUUCGGCCUUUUUCCCAAGAUGCUGUACUGUUAUAAAAGUUCGCAUUUUAGAACUGUACGUUAUUUGCAGAAUGUUAUUAGAAAACAUUUCCUGAAAAAAUAGUGUGGUGAAAUGCCGUCUGAACAGGGCCUUAGGAUGUCAACCUGAAAAUCAAUUUUAUUGAUAUUGUUCUUGAUAGCAGUUGGCAACCAGCCUUUGUAACACUACACUGUUUUUAAUGGUGAUAAUUUUUUUUUGGUAAUGGGCAGUGCACUUCUGCGGGUUGUCAGUUUAUACAAAAGCGUACGCAGUACUUAUUAUUAUUCUGUGGUUUAACGAACAAUGAAAUUCAGUCGAUAGCUGUUGUUAUAUUUACAAAUAAGUGCCC